AUGGCCGACAAUAUUGCCAAGACGGAGGCACGGCGCAACCGCUUGAUUCGCGACAUGACCCAAAUCAAGGGCGUCGGUCGCUUGCACGGCGGUACGGAGGCCAACUUCUUGCUAUUUGAAAUACUUGAUGAAUGUGGCCAGCCGAGUAAUGCUGCUGCUUGCGCCGUAUACGAAUGCCUGUUGAAGAAGAGAGGUAUCGUCACGAGAUUUCGCGGCGAGGAUCAUGGAUGCCAUGGGUGUCUGCGUAUUACCAUUGGCACGGAAGACGAGACGGCAAGCUUUCUUCAAGCGUUGAACUUGACGCUGAAAGAAGUGCAUAAAACAGGUUUUAGCAGCGGAGCACGAGGCGGAGGUGUCGUCAAUGGAAAUGGCUUAAACUGGCCCCAAGAGCAGAAGCCCGGCUAA